AUCCCUCCCUGUCCCUCCCAUCAUUACAGGGCGUUGCCGAGCUGACUACACUUUCUGGUAUAAACUUUUAGUGAGCCCCUGAACUAUUCACUCUUCUUAAACUUCAGUUCCUGCGUUCUGUGUCCUGCACCUGCUACUGUAGCCAUGACUCACUUAGAACACUGCAUGGAGACCCUAAUUACAACUUUUCACCACUAUGCUGUUCAGGAUGGUGAUGGAAAGACCUUGAGCAAGAAGGAACUCAAAAAACUCAUUGAAUCGGAGCUACCCGGCUUCUUAAAAGCCCAGAACAAUCCUAAACUUGUGGACUGCAUCAUGAAGGAUUUGGACCUCAACAAAGACGAUAAGUUGGAUUUUGAAGAGUUUCUUCCGCUGAUCGCCGGCCUCUCCCUGGCUUGUGAGAAGAUGUACAAUCUCCAUCAAAAGAAGGGCAAGAAGUGAUGAGCAAAUACUAGAGGAAAUAAUGAUACUGUUGUUUUUUUUUUUAUAAAAUCAUUUUGUGUCACAAUAUGUACAAGAUUCAAAAGUAAAACAAUGCUGUUA